GUUAGCCUAAGACCGCAAGGACUACCUCUCUUUGAACGAGGACUUGCGCUCCUGGACAGCCUCCUGCACAGCAGCUCAGAUCACCCAGCCCAAGUGGGAGGCGGCCAGUGUGGCGGAGCAGUGAAGAGCCUACCUGGAGGGCAGGUGCCUGGAGUGGCUCCGCAGAUAGCUGGAGAACUGGAAGGAGACGCUGCAGCGCGGUAACCCCCAAGACACACGUGACCCACCACCCCUUCUCUGACCAUGAGGCUGAGGUGCUGGGCCCUGGGCUUCUACCCUGCAAAGAUCACAUUGACUUGGCAGCAGGAUGGGGAGGACCAAACUCAGGACACCAAGCUUGUGGAGACCAGGUCAGCAGGGGAUGGAACCUUCCAGAAGUGGGCGGCUGUGGUGGUGCCUUCUGGAGAAGAGCAGAUACACACGUGCCAUGGGCAGCACGAGGGGCUGUCAGAGCCCCUCAUGCUGAGAUGGGGUGGAAAAAGAGAGAGCUGCUGUCAGGCUACGUCUAAGUGGUGGGGGCAGGAGUGUGGAGGAGCUCACCCACCCCAUAUUUCUUCUGUCCCACAUCUCCCGUGGGCUCUGACCAGGUUCUAUUUUUGUUCUACCCUAGGCAGCAACACCGCCCAGGGCUCUGAUGUGUCUCUCAGGGCUUGUAAGCUUGAGACAGCUGCCUUGUGUGGGACUGAGACGCAGGAUUUCUUCACGCCUCUCUCCAUGACUUCAAGAGCCUCUGGCAUCUCUUUCUACAAAGGCAUCUCAAUGUGUCUGUGUCCCUGUUAGCAGAAAGUGAGGAGGUGGAGAGACAACCCACCCCGUGUCCACCAUGUUCCCUCCCCAGUCAUCUUUCCUGUUCCAGAGAGGUGGGGCUGGGUGCCUCCAUCUCUGUCUCAACUUCAUGGUGCACUGAGCUGCAACCUCUUACUUCCCUACUGAAAAUGAGAAUCUGAAGAUAAAUGUGUUUUCUCAAAUAUUUGCCAUGAGAAGUUGAUGGGUUAAUUAGUCAAUUCCUAAAAUUUGAGAGAGGAAAUAAAGACCUGAGAACCUUCCAGAA